GUAAAAAACUUUUCUUAGAGAGAGAGAGCGAGAGAGCGAGAGCGAAAGAGAGAGAGAGAGCGCUAGAGAGAAUUGGGAUUAGAAACAGAGAGCUAGAUAAUUACUUGACAACCACCCACCGUUGAAUGGCAAACCGAGUAAUCCCGGCAGCGUCAAAACUCCUGAAAACUAUCAGGCCACUCAACUCCGCCUCCACUAGCACCAUCUCCGGCAUAUCCCCACCAAUCGGCUUUUCCGAAAAAACACCACAAGCCACCACUGCCAUCACCCCCUCCGACAACGCCGCCACUAACCUUUCUAACUUCGAUGACGCGGACAAGCUGUUUGCGUCCGUCUCCACGUCAAGGCUGUUGAGGACGGCGCUGAACCUCCACUUGGUGGGAAUGGAGCCGAUGGUGGACAUUGGAAUGUGGGUCAUGCGGUCCAGGCUCAUGCAGACUCCCUUAAUCAAGGACGCGAUCCUGGGGACCAUACGGUCCACAAUUUACGACCAUUUUUGUGCUGGCGAGAACCCAGCGGCCACCGGAAAGUCGGUGCUGGAGCUUAACGAGGCGGGGCUGAGAGGGAUGCUGGUUUACGCUCUCGAGUAUGCUGGCGACAACGAGGCAUGUGACAGGAACUUGCAAGGUUUCUUGGACACCGUUGAGUCCACCAAAUCCCUGCCACCUUCUUCGGUGAGCUUUAUAAUUUUGAAAAUCACUGCAAUUUGCCCAAUGAAUCUACUUCAACGAGUGAGUGACUUGCUGAGAUGGCAACAACAAGAUCCUUCUUUCAAUCUCCCAUGGAAGCGCGAUACGUUUCCCAUUUUCUCCGAAUCAAGCCCUCUUUACCACACCCUUAAAAAGCCGGAGCCUUUAACUCCUGAAGAAGAGCGUGAUCUUGAAUUAGUCCACCAAAGACUACUGAAAUUGUCCCAAAACUGCGUAGAAGUCAAUGUGCCUCUAUCGAUCGAUGCAGAGUACACAUCAAUUCAACCCGCCAUCGAUUACUUGACCUACUCCUCUGCAAUCAUCUAUAACAAAGAUGACAACCCGAUUGUUUAUGGGACGAUCCAAGCUUACCUGAAAGAUGCCAAGGAAAGAUUGUUGCUGGCAACGAAGGCCGCAGAUAAGAUGGGUGUUCCGAUGGGGUUCAAAGUGGUGAGGGGAGCUUAUAUGUCUAGUGAAGGAAAAUUGGCUUCUUCCUUGGGCUAUAAGUCUCCCAUUCACGAUUGCAUUGAGGACACGCACGUGUGCUACAAUGAUUGUGCUUCGUUCAUGCUUGAAAGGAUUGCAAAUGGCUCUGAUGCCGUUGUUCUUGCAACCCAUAAUGUUGAAUCAGGGAGACUAGCAAUGGCAAAAGCACACGAAAUUGGGGUCAGGAAGGUGCACCAGAAGCUUGAAUUUGCACAACUGUACGGAAUGGCAGAAUCGCUUUCCUUUGGUCUAAAAAAUGCAGGGUUUCAAGUAAGCAAGUACAUGCCAUUUGGACCGAUACAGUUGGUUCUGCCUUAUCUUCUAAGGAGGGCUGAAGAGAACAGGGGACUCUUAAAUGCUUCAUCUCUAGACAAACAACUAACAAGGGAGGAGCUGAUGAGGAGACUCAAAGCAGCAAUCUUCUAAUGCGAAAGUGAUGGCAUUGUGCAACAGCAAGGUUGGUGAUCCAUCACCAAUCUUGUAAGUGGAAUGAUCUGUAAUUAUGGUGAUUGCUCAUGAAUUUAGUUGAAUUAAAAUGUGCAUAUAGGAAUUAGGAAAUCUGGGUUCUAUUUUCCUCAUUACAUUAGAUUGUAUUACAGGACAACAAAUCCAUAUUUGCUUCCUAGCUCUACCUCCAUGGCAAUUCACCACAAGCGCCAGCACCCUAUCAACCGUGUUCUAAAUCGUGUUGCUUCCUUCAGCAAAAGGAAUAUGAAUAAAAUGUUUAUGUUGCUUCCAAAUUA